UAGCAUUGCUCUCUUUUUAAAGGUAUGAGCGGGAUAAAUAAAGCCACGCGAGUCGAAAUUAUCCAAUGGCUGAAAGACACCUUACUGGUGAGUAUUAAUAAGUUCGAAGAGGUUUAUAACGGAGCGUUUUCUUGUCAGAUCAUUGAUAUUCUGUUUCCGUCGAGUAUGCCAAUGUCAAAAGUGAAUUUUCUGGCAAAGGAGCCAUUUGAAAUUCAGAAGAAUUAUAGGUUAAUUCAGAGUGUUUUUACUGCAAAGAAUGUCCAAUUCAACAUUCCGAUUGAAAACCUCAGCCGAGGCCGUCCGCAGGACAACUUAGAAUUUUUACAGUUUCUUAAAAACUUAUAUGACAAAUUGUACGAAGAGCGUGAUUACGAUCCCAUCAAGCGGCGUCAAUACAGCAAAGGCGGCAAAGAUUUCAAUCUUUCUGAGCGCGACCGGGAACUUCGCCAAAAUGAACAGAUACUCAGUUCCGGUCGCUGUUCGAUCGGUUCUGCGACAUUUUCUCAGCGCACAGUCCGUUCGUCAACGUUGGCAGCACCACCAACAGCGCCGCAACGCCACGGAACGCUGCGACUGGGUGAACCCAUGAAGCAGGUCGACGAUUUGAAGCACAAACUGCGCACGUUAGAGGAGAAGAUCAACGAACGGGAUCGAUUAAUCGAGGCGUUGCAGAAAGAAGGGACAUCAAUGUACCAAGCGCUGCAAAGAGUGGAGAGCUUUGCGCAGGACGCAGAGGCGCGCGGAGAGAAGACUGUAGGAAUAAACGAGCUGUUGGAAGUGCUGUAG